CACGAGAAGCAAGCCACUGGAUCGACAAGAUCAAGUUCUUCCUCUUCCGAACACACCCUUCUCAUCCAAGGCCCCGUCAGGCGGUGCUCACUACAUAUCAUACAUCAGCCUGUCAAUACACAGCCACAGCGAACAUGCAACUCAAGUACUUCGCUGCAAUUCUCGCCACAGCAGGCCUCAGCCUUGCUGUACCCUCACCGGUCUCAUCCUCCGACUCUAUCAUUCCGCUAGCGCGACGAGGCUGUCAAAUCCACGACGGCAACGCCUUGGCAGAUGCUAUCAAAGCCCAGGACUACGACAAGAUUCUUGAGGCAGUCAAAGACCGCUCCUCUGUCGAAUUAAACGUCGACCUCGCCGAAAUCUACUCCGAACGCGAUGCGAAGGACAUCGAGGCAGACCUGAAGGCAGCUUUCGCCGGCCGCCACAUCGAAUUCAAAGUAGGCGACCAGAAGGAAGAAGCCGAAGAGCUGUCCAAACUUAAUGAUAAGAAGAACGACGACCCGAACCCUCACACUGGCCGUUCGACAGUCAAGCCUGUAGUCUACUACUGCGGGGGCCCACCGUUUUAUGGUCGUUUGGGAUACGGAUGCGGAUUGUCGACUCUCUUCUACAGCCUCGGCGGCUACCAACCCGGUCUUCUUAGUGGUCUCGGACUUGUGGUCGAUGGUCUCGGUGUGGCUCUCGGUGUCCCAUUCAUUCUUAAAUAGACACGUUCUUGCAAUCGUGAUGUGGCAUGGAGCGAGGUAUGAAUUCUGACGCAUUUGGUAGGCGUUCGAAUAAUGGGUCGAAUGCUGGGGAUUUUGAGGCUACUAGAACAUUUAGGCUGCAGUCAAUAUGAAAGGACAAAAGUAAUAAGUCAUAGAAUCAAUGACAUUUCUUCAUUCAGCACAG